GAUUUCAGUUUAAAGUUCUGAAGAUUAAUUUAUUAAGCCAUGUUUUCAAUUCUUGAACUUCUGCUUAUUCUGCUUUGUAGUUCUGUUUUCUUGAAACACUCUGGUUUUGCUCAAGUUCAGCAUAAAGCUGACAAUUUUAUCUACCAUGGCUUCAACGAAUCGAAUCUGAAUCUUAACGGAAUUGCGAAAAUUCACUCUGAUGGCCUGUUAGAGUUAACAAACAUUUCAUAUUACCAAAUUGGUCGUGCUUUUUCGAGAUUUCCACUCGACUUCCAUAACUCUUCAUUUUCUACCAACUUUGUUUUCGCCAUCCAUCCUGAGAUGGCUAAUCUUGGCGGCCAUGGCUUUGUUUUCACCAUAUCUCCAUCUCCAGAGUUUACAGGCGCGUUGGCAGCAGAAUACUUCGGAUUGUUCAGUAAUUCAACAAUUGGCUUGGAUUCAAAUCAUGUAUUUGCUGUUGAGUUUGACACUAUACAGACUCCUGAUUUUGGAGACAUCGAUAACCAUCAUGUCGGAAUUGAUGUGAAUGAUUUAGUAUCAAAUGUAUCAGCUUCAGCAGCAUACUUCUUUUUGAACGAUCAAUUGAAAAGCUUAGAGCUGAUAAGGGGGAAUCAGAUACAAGUUUGGAUAGAUUAUGAUGAGGUGGAGCAGCUAGUAAAUGUAACUCUAGCUCCUAUACCAAGCAUGAAACCCGAAAAGCCUCUCUUGUCGACAAAAAUCAAUCUUUCUUUAGUUCUGACAGAUUCUAUGUAUGUUGGUUUUUCAUCGUCGACGGGAUCUAUGGCAAGCUAUCAUUAUAUUCUUGGUUGGAGCUUCAACAAAAGUGGGCCAGCUCAAGAUCUUAAUAUCUUAAAGCUUCCUUCACCUCCUUCACUUCCUCCGCUCCCAAGUAAACCAAAAUCAGGUAAGAAAGUACCAGUUUUCAAAAUUAUGGUCCUCUUGAUAAUAGCAAGUAUUCUGGGGACCAUAAUCUUUGGAGGUGUCUAUAUAAGGAGGAAGAAAUACGAGGAAUUGCACGAAGAUUGGGAAGAAGAAUAUGGACCUCAAAGAUUUUCCUACAAGGAUAUAUAUAAAGCAACUGAAGGAUUCAAAGACAAAGGACUUCUGGGAUCUGGAGGUUUCGGAAAGGUCUAUAAAGGCGUAUUGCCUUGUUCGGAUAUACAAGUUGCAGUCAAGAAGUUUUCGCAUGAUUCCGGACAAGGAAUGAAGCAAUUUGUAGCUGAAAUCGCAAGCAUGGGAAGGCUAAGGCAUAGAAAUUUGGUUCAACUUCUCGGCUAUUGCAGGCGAAAAGGCGAGCUUCUCCUAGUGUAUGGUUAUGUGCCAAAUGGAAGCCUUGACAGAUUCCUAUUUCAGAGUAAUACACCAACUCUGAACUGGGUUCAACGAUAUCAAAUCCUGAAAGGAGUUGCAUCCGCACUUCUUUACCUCCACGAAGAAGGGGACCGGGUUCUUCUCCAUAGAGACGUAAAAGCUAGCAAUGUUAUGUUAGAUGCGGAUUUUAUAGGAAAGUUAGGAGAUUUUGGACUAGCUAAGUUCUACGAUCACGGAUCAUUUCCUCAAACAACUUGUAUUGUAGGAACUAUAGGAUAUCUUGCACCAGAAGUUUCAAGAACAGGACGGGCGACUACAGGCAGUGAUGUUUUUGCUUAUGGGAUACUUAUGUUGGAAGUGGCUUGUGGAAGAAAAACUAUAGAGCCACACAGACCACAUGGAGAGGUGAUUCUAUUAGACUGGGUUCUCGAUUUUUGGAAACGAGGCGUGAUUGUUGAGACAAGCGAUCUUCAAUUAGAAGGUAAAUAUAUGGUAGAAGAAAUGGAAUUGGUAUUGAAAUUAGGGCUGCUUUGUGCUCACUCUACACCAGCAGUCAGGCCUACCAUGAGGCAAGUGAUGCAAUAUCUAGACGGAAAGGCGGUCAUACCGGAUAUACCUCUGGAUAGUUCUCGAACAACAAACGAGGAUCUCAUUUCGUCAUACUCCUCUGCAUCGAAGGAUUGUUUUAGUUUCUCUAUCACUGCCUCCAUCCUCAGUUACGGUCGUUGAAUAUCUUCAAAAUUUCAUGACAUUUGAGGUUUCGAAGUAGGAGUUAUACACUUGUAAUUUAUAUAUAGUGCAUUGGAUCAGAAUCACAAGUACUGUUCCAUUUCGGUUAACUGUUGGGUUUUGUUUA